GUGGCAGCACAUCAGCCUCACACACUGUCGCCAAAUCGGCUCCCCGCUGCCACGCAGACUUUUAUCCACGUGACUUUUCAUGUCUCUGACGUCCGCGUGUCCAGGCGGGCCCGACAGAUCUCCCAUUCGGCCAAUCCACCAGCCGAAUGACGUGGAUUCCGCAGGGAAGUUUCUCUCGCUAGUGGCAGUUGGUGUGCGACGACACCACGCACACUUGCCGCCAUUCAAUCCAUUCCGCCACACUGGCGGUUCGAAAGAAUGCGGUUCAGAGUGGUUCCGAGCCGAUCCAUUCUUUGACUUCCUCUCAGGGGGUCAGUCAUAUCUAGUGAUUCUAGUCCCUACCUUACUCCACCUCACGCCCACUAAGCAAUCUAAUGCUCCUGGAAUCGCUCUCGUCAUAUUCAAGACAUCUGAGUUCCUACUGCCGCCUCUGCUGCCGCUGCCAUUCUCCUCAGCCACCCUCGUUCCGCCUAACGUUCACGCAGUCGCUGUCGCUAGACGAGGAGGAGCGCAUUGCGGCUCAGUGCGGUCAUCUCGUACGCGUUGAGAGCCGUCAGCGAUCAUGGCAGCAGCGGCGCUAUCCACUCUGCCGCCCGGCGCUUCCAGCCACGCCGUGCUGGCGCGCGGCGCAAGCAUCCUCUCGUCGCAGCAGAUCGCGCAGCGUCUUCUGCUGCCCCAAGGCGCGCGCCGUGCUCGGCGCGCUCGUAACGCCAACGCCAGCGGCGUUGCUGCGCCAAUGUCAGCAGUACUGACGUCAGCAGCGGUGGCCGAGGCGGAGGGGGAGGCGCCAGCAGCGGAGGGGCCCCAGGCGCAAGUGCGCAAGGGGCGUGGGAAGUCGGGCGGACGGCAAAGAGUGCAGCGGCGGAAGGGGGGCGAUGGGGGGGACCCGGAGGGCGAGGAGGCAGCGGGCAUGCGGACGAACAAGCUGGCGUGGCUGGCGGACGAAGGGGUCAUGCUCGACUCCGAGCGCACGUUGACGCGCAUCAACCGCACCAUCGCGCGCUGCUCGUCGGUGCGAGAGGCGCUGGCCGUGGUGGAGGAGAUGAAGGCCAAGGGGCUCAACGCCGCCAAUGAGGGCACGUAUCAGGCGCUCAUCACGGUGUGCCGGCGGCAGCGGCAGGGCGAGCGGGCGCUGCUGGUGUACGCGGCGAUGCGGCAGGCGGGCAUCGCGCCGGGCAUGCUCACCUUCAACACGCUCGUCUCCUGCUGCCACCAGGCGCAGCGCUUUGACGACGCCUUCCGCCUCAAGGCGGACAUGGAGGCGCAGGGCUUAAAGCCCGAUGUGGUGACAUACACGUCGCUCAUGGCGCUCGUGGUCAAGACUGGGCCGUACCGUGGCCGCUCCUCCCCCUCCCAGAGGUUCGACCGAGCCAUGGAGCUGUACAAGGAAAUGGUGCAGCGCGGCGUGCAGCCCGACGCCAUCACCUUCAACACGCUCAUGUUUGCCGCCGCCCAGGCCAAGCUCCCCGGGAAGGUGCUCGAGGUGUACGGCAUGAUGGUGGCGGGCGGCGUGCCGCCCAACCAGAUCACGUUCGGGAUCCUGCUCGAGGCGGUCGGCAGCGGCGGGCGGCUGACUGCGGCUCUGCAGGUGUUCAACGAGAUGCGGGCAGCGGGCAUCCCCCCCACCACGUCCACCUACAACUAUCUCAUCGACGCCUGUGCCACCGCGGCCAAGCCUGAUGCCGUGAGGGCGUGGAGCCUCUUCUCCGAAAUGGAAGGUGCUGAGAACGUUCGUCCCAAUGCAGAGACGUUCAACCUGCUUAUCACAGCGUGCACCAAGGCGGGCGACCACGAGGGCGCGUUGAGGGCGUUUGACAUGAUGCGCUCAAGGGGCUUCACGCGUGCGGUCACCACGUCCACCUUCAACAAGCUCAUCCACUCCGCCGCUGCCGCGCCCUCCGCCUCCACUGAAACCGCCUUCCAGCUGUACAGCCAGAUGCGCGCCGAGGGCCACCGUCCCGACGUGGUGACCUUGGGCACGCUGGUGGGGGCGUGCGGCAAGGACGGGGACGUGGCGCGGGCGCUGGCUCUGCGGCAGGAGUUGGAGGGGGAGGGUGUGGUGGCGAACGCGGCGGUGUUCCACGCGUUGAUGGGCGUGCAGGGGCGUGCGGGGCUGUGGGAGGGCGCCGUGGGCACACUCAGAGAGAUGCAGGGGCGGGCGAAAGAGUGGGAGAAGACGCACGGCGACGGCACAGCUUAUGCAUGGGGCAGACAGAACCCCCUGGCGCCCACGCUGCCGGCGUUCACGGUGCUCUUUGACGCGUGCUUCGGCUGCGAGGGCGCCGAUGCGGCGGUGAAGGCGCUGGUGGAGCGAGGGGGCAGACUCACUCUCACGCCGGCCCUGGCAGCAGCGGUGGCGGUGUACAGAGAGGCAGCAGACAGUGGCACAUUCUCCCACUUCUCUCUUGCUGAUCCCUACAGGUGUGACGUGCGCGGCUCCACCCGCCCCAUUGCCACCGUCGCGCUGCUCUCCCUCCUGCUGCACAUCGCCUCCACUGCCACUACUGCCUCUGCUGCCCCUGCUGCCGCCACCACUGCCCCUGCUGCUGCUGCUGCUGCUGCUGCUUCUGACGAUGCUUCCUCUGCACAUGCAGCUGCCACUGCUGCUGCUGCUGCUGGGGCCUCAGCCGAUGACUCGUUAGUGCGCGACUUGGUUAUCGUUACAGGGAUGUCACGGGCUAAGAACCAGCCAAUAGGUGAGGCCCCCCGGGGCAGGUUCCCGAAGCUGUUUGUGAGUGUGGAGCGCACGCUGCAGGCGGUGGGCCUCAAGGGCAAGAGCAUGCGUGCGCUCACCAUGCAAGCGCUGUCUGUGGACGGCAAGGACUUGGCCCUAUGGCUCAAGAAGGAUGCCGCGUCUAUUUUCCCUGAGUUGAGCAAGUAAUGGUGGAAUUUUGGAAGUGAAAUGUUGAUUGUGGCUCCCAAUGUUUUUCGAUGGCUGUGAUGUUGAAUGUAUUUGGUUUAGGAUUAAUUUAUGUACCAAAUAUCAGUAAAAUAUCGCCCACCAU